UACCGGCACCGGGUUAUAUCCCGAGGAAGAAGUUUGAUAUUUUUACAACGAAUGAAGUUCAUCAGGCCCCGAUUUCUCGAAACAAACUUAAGUUCAAAAACUUACUUAAGUCUGAGUUUUUACUCAAAUUUGAGAAAACUCAGGAAUAUGCAUUUCUCAAACCAAACUGAGUUCAAUUUUCGACUCAAACUGAGUUCGAAACCAUGUAAAACUUAAGUAAGCCUACAUGGUUACUUAAGUUUUUAUUCGGACAAAAAUGGCGAUUACUAAUAGUCGUAAGAGGAGAUCGAGAAGGAGACAGGUUAUUACAAGGCGGCUUACCGAUCGUGAAAACCCACUGGAAUACAUGUCGGACGAUGAUUUGUUCCUUAGAUUUAGGUUUCGGGCGGAAACGAUUCUUUACAUCGUGUCACUCGUGUCCAACAGACUGCAAAGACCCACUCAACGUAACAGCCCCCUUCCGACCCCAACACAGGUACUUGUUACGCUGAGAUUUCUUGCUACGGGAGGCUUUUAUUCCCUCAUUUCUGACUCCUUCUCGGCAAUAUCUGCACCAUCGGUCUUCCGGUCUGUCCGAGAUGUUUGCAUAAGUCUAUGUUCAGCUGCUUACCAGUUUGUGAGGAUGCCGACAGGAUCAGACGCAGACACCACAAAACAGAAGUUUCACAAAAUCUCAGGAUUUCCAAAUGUGCUAGGGUGUGUAGAUGGCACAUUUGUAAGAAUCAUAGGCCCAAAGGUGAAUGAAGGUGACUACCUGAAUCGUAAAGGCUAUCAUUCGAUGAAUGUUCAGAUGAUCUGUGAUGCAGAAUACAGAUUUAUCAACUGUGUAGCAAAAUGGCCAGGAAGUGUACAUGAAAGCAGGAUAUUCAGGGAUAGCAGAAUCAGUGUUGCGUUUGAAAAUGGCACAUACAAAGGUUUUUUGUUAGGGGAUUCAGCCUACCCCUGCAAAACCUACCUGAUGACACCAUUCCUCUCUCCAGCAUCUAGAAGUCAAGAAAAAUAUAACCGCUGCCAUGUCCGAACGAGAGUUUUAAUAGAACAAAGCUUUGGCAUCUUAAGCGGCGAUUUUCUUGUUUACAUAGUGGCCUUAGAACAUCACCAGAGAGGGCCUGUCAAAUUAUCACAGCAUGUGUAGUACUUCACAACAUAGGAAUUGAUAGGAAAGACAUAAUUAAUUUGCAUCAUGAACCCUCUGAUGGAAUGGAAAAUGCCAAUGUCAAUGUCAACAUUGCUAAUGACUGGAGUGGUGUUAAUGUCAGAAAUUACAUAUGCCAGUCAUUCUUUUCAUAAAUCUAUUUGAUGUAUGAAAGGUAAGAUUUAGUCUCCAUACAUAGAUGCUUGUAAUAUAUGGUCAAAAGAAUUUUGCUAUUAACAAUUUUUUUGAUAAUGCUGGUUAAUAUUUGGUAUCUUCCUGCUCCUUCUAAUUCUUGUGUACAGGUAAACAGGAGCUGUUAGACAGCCCAGGUAAAGUCAGGGAUGAGUGACUUUGCUAGUUAGACAAAGUAGGCAUGUGGAUCCAUCCAUGUUACUGUCAAUAGGAAUGCAUGAAAUUAA